AUGAGGUUUCUAAUUGUAAUCUGCCUUUUAACGCUUAUUUCCAAAGAUGUGAAAAGUCUGCUGCUAAACCAAAUGGAUUGGAAAAAUCUGCUAAACAGCGGAGCAUUGGAUUUGAAUGUCUUGCGCUGUUUUCUGCGCGAUAAAAACUUUUGCCCCAGUCCCUAUAUCGAGCAUCGUCUGUAUGCACCCAAUGGUCCGCGCAGUGGGCUGCCGUUGAGCAUCAAAAAUCCGUUGACCCUGUACAAGGGCGGGUUCAACAAGCAACGCGAGACGGUCUUCAUAGUGCAUGGAUUCAAUGGAACAGCGAUUGACAAGCAUCUGCAGUUUCUGAGGGAUGCAUAUUUGACGCGUGACUUUAAUGUGAUCACUGUGGAUUGGCGACCUCUAACACGAUAUCCAUGUUAUCUCCACUCGCUUAUCAACACGCGUCUUACGGCACAGUGUACGGCUCAGGUGUAUUCAUUUCUCACUCAUUAUGGCGCCACCCGUGAGAAGAUCACCUGUGUGGGACAUUCUUUAGGCGCUCACAUCUGUGGCAUGAUUAGCAAUCAUUUGACUAAGAAACAGUAUCGCAUUAUCGGCUUAGAUCCAGCGCGUCCACUUAUCGAGCGCAAGAAAAGCAAUCAAUUUCGUUUAUCGAUUGAUGACGCGAGUGUCAUACAGGUGAUUCAUACAAACGCGGGUUAUUUGGGUCAGGAGGAUAAUACGGGCCAUCUGAAUUAUUGUGUAAAUGGCGGUCGCAUACAGCCCUUCUGCAAAGGAAAUCCUAUUAGACGCUACCGCUGCUCCCAUUUUAUGAGUGUUUGUUAUUUGGCCACGGCCACCUUAAAGCACAGCAAGUUUAUGGGCGUGCCCUGUCCAAAUGGCUGUGUGAACCUAAAAGGUCCCAAGCGUCUGCCAGUUAACGGUAGAAUCAAUCCGUUUGAGUUUGUUUCCCUGCUGCGAGAUUACAAAAUAGGAAUCGACGCGCCCGACGACGCUCGUGGCUGUAUUUGCAUUGAUGUGCCGUAUGCCAAGCAUUGUCCGUUUACAGAUGCCUAGUAGUAUUUAUAUGUUUUAGUUGUAAUUUUCUCUGUAGACUUUUAACAAUAAACUUUAUAGGAAUUUAAAAA